CCUCAAAUACUAAUUAUUAUUUAAAACGUAGCAACUGAUGUUCUUGUGUCAACUGGUAAAAGGUAUUUAACAAGUCAUCUCAUAAACUUGUUUCUGUCAAAGGAUAAUCCGACCUGUCACAGAUUACAACGUUAAAGCUUCGACAGUUUUACCUGCUACUCAGUGUUGAUAUAAGUGAAAAUAAAAUCUUCGGAGCGUUUGAGUGUCGUAAAGUGUUAAUCUACACAUAAUAUUAAGUAUGGCAAGUCAAGCGAAGCGAUGUUUGCAUCAUUGGCCUACAAGAACGCUGUGUGUUUUCUUUCUGAUUCUUCAGGCAGUUUGCAUGAACUGGUAUCUGAUGAGCAAUCUCUCCAACACGUGGGCAGCGAUCUACAGCGCAGAUGCUGUUGUCAUAGCACUGUUUGCUAUUUCUUUUAUGAUGGCCUCGAGAAACAUGAAUGUAGAAAAACAUUCUCAAGGCCUUUCAUUUUCUGAUGUUAAACACUUACCGUUGACGUUUAUAGCUUGGUUUGUGUAUACAGUUAUUAUGGAUGUUAAGAUCUUUGUCAUAUUCAGUACAUUUUCCACAGAUUUGGACGAAGAUUCUUUCUUCGGAUCGAACACGUUAAAGACAACUAUAGCUCUGACAGGAGGUGUGUUCAUAACAUUUUUACCUACAUUAAAUGAUAUACAACAUGGACACCGGAAAGACAUGAUUAUAACCCUCACAUCGACUGUUGUCUUCGAUAUUCUCGAUGGUGUCGACAAUUUAGAAGACCUGUUCGAGAAAGACGUUCGUGACACAUACCCGCCCGGUCUUGACGACGCCAUUAUUGUUGUUUGUUGCAUCAACUUCCUGUUACCCACAGUUCCGUUGUUCACGCUCGCGAAAACAAAGUUUGGCAUAAAGAAACUACCAUUAAAAUUGGAAUUGUUACAUAAAUUUUCUAUAGCUUACCUUAUAAACUUACCUCUGUUUAUUACACGAAUGAUCACGUGGCAUGGUCUAUCUCAAGGUAUUUCUAUUUUCCUCCUGAAGAAUAUAAUGGCGAUGGGAGUUGUGACUUUUGAAGUGUGUGAAAAGCUCAUCUUCUCAAAGAAAAGCAAAGAAAGCAAAGGAUCAAAUAACUCGCAGGAAGGUACUUCACUGUAAUGCAGUUGUCUGAAACUUCUCCAGUUACACAAUACUAGCCUCAGUAUCUUAGAAAAUAAUGCUUUUAUUUUCCUUUUUGUAUAUGCAUGCCACAUAAGUUUGCAUUCGAAUUUUGUGUUCAUUGUACUUCUUGUCUUGCAGAUGUUUCAUCAUGGUGAAUCUAUAUAACUAACCUGUGUAACCGAGUCGAAAGGCAUGAAUUUACAUCGUCCUG